AUGUCUCCUCUUUUUGAGGGUCUCGAUUUUGAGCUCAAGCUUGCAAUCGCCGCUAUUAGGUAGCGGCUGAAAGAAUUGAAUCAGUCAGAGCACCCAUCUUUGUCGCCCUUUCACUUACCAACCAUUUCCUCACACUCACAAGCCCUUUAUCCCUUCCGUUUCAUUUUUUUUUCUCAAAAGAUCAAAAAAUUCAAAAUUAAUCGCUACGUAUACGCUACUGACUUGAGCCGGUAUGGAAGUAAGUUUUUCUCUAAGGGCUACGGUAGAGAGUAGAAAAAAGUUUUGUUUUUCAUGAAAAACUUACUUUUUCGACAGGUGCGAAUGGAAAUGCGGUGAUGAAGGAGCAGAGGACUACUGUCGUGAGCUUCGAUUUUGCAGAAGAUCCUAUUCCUCCAGGCAGCUAUGGUUGUGGUAGAGUCGAGGUAUCAGCUAGUUUUUGAUUGAUUGAAAAAGGUUGACUUUGUUCAGACAAUUUGUCGACUUGUUGGGAUACUUUCUUUUUUGGCAUUUGCUGCUAAUUCUGCACUAUAUUUCAUGGGGGUCUCGCGAUUGGGGUUGAAUGGUGAGUUCUUUUUCCAAAUUGCCGAAAAAAAAUUAUUUCAGGUUAUCUUGAAGUGCUGCUUCUCUUUUGUGACGGAGUUGCUGUUUUAGCUAUUUUAAUAGGUGUUUCAAAAAGAAAAUCUGGUUUGCUGAAACCAUAUUUGAUAUUCAACGUGGGUUCCAAAAAAAGUUUUUUUUCUAUGAAUUUUAGACACUUUGGAUCCUUGGGCUUUUCAUCCUGUUUGUGGUUUGUCUAUGGAAGAUAAUUCGUGGGUCAGACGGUGUCGCUAGGUGAGAUUCGAAAAAAAGAAGAAAAGAAACCGGAGUUUUUUUCAGAAGUAUCCUUGAGAACUUGCGAGCUCUGAAACCAUCCGACGAAGUUUUUUCUCGAUCAGAAUCAUUUCAAGGAUCUCGAACAGGUCAGAGUUCAUUUUUCUUAUGAAGAAAAAAAUUGGAGCGGCUGAAAAAGUUAGCGAGCAAACUGAUUAGCAGGAUUUUCUGCAGGUAUACAAUUUCGAACUUAAAAAGAUGAUAGAAUGUUUUUUUAAAACAUUAAGGAUGCUCGUUUUUUUCAGAGCGCUUCAAUUUGGCUGAAACUGAAAAUGAUGUUUUUGGUAUCAGAUUUUUUUAGACCUCAAAAAAAAUUUGUUAUUCAUUCUUUUUAUUUAUUUGAAACGACACUAAGACCAUUUUUUUCACUCUGAAAAAAGGUCAAAACCUGAUUUUCGUUUUUUUAAAUUUAAUUAAUAAAUUAGGUUCACAAAACUUACGUUUUUUUCCUGUCAAUCUUUUAUUUUUUUGUGAAAAAAACUUGAGCUAUAGACUUACUUCUCACGAAUAACAAUAGUCUUUGAAACUUAAAAACAAAAUAAAAAUUUCAGCUGCCACCGUGGCCACUCUGGUGGUAAUGAGCGCCAUGGCGUUCGUAAUCUUCGUCGACUGCCUCUUUCUUCACAUUGUCUACCGGACUUUCCAAUUCUUCGCCUACCUGGAAGACCAAAGACGCGAAGAAAACAACAAAAAAGAUCCUCUCUGA